GCGGAGCAGGCCACCAUCCAGGCGGACGAGGCGGCCGAUGCCAACCCAUGGCUGCGCAUGACGGGGUGGGCGAGGUAUUUGGACGGCGUGCACCCGCAGGAUUUGCGCCAGCUCGUAGAGGCGCCCGUGGAGGUAGAGGUGGUGGAGGAGGUAGAGCCAGUGGAUAUGGAUCUUAAGGCAGAUCCCACCGAGCAGGCCGUGCGGGUGAUUUGGGACGCCAUGGACUAGCUGGCGCGGCGCAGCCAGCGGACUGUGCAGCAGUGCGGCGCGGGCAUCCGCGUGGAGGCGGCCCGUACGGAGGCGGGCCAGACGCCAUACAAGCCAUUACAGGCGUACAUGGACGAGGCCAGCAUUGAGAAGCACGUGCAGCCAUGGCAGCAGGUAUUAGCAUUUAUCGCGCGCACGCAGGCCGCGCAGGCGAGCCCAAGCCAAGAUAGCCAAGAUAGUGAGGACGGGGAUGGGGAUGGUGGUGGCCGUGGCCGCGGCAAGUGGCUUGGGAGGUUACCCGCGUAUGGGAUGACCCCGCGGCAGCGCCAGAAGUGGCAGGCGUUAUGGCAGCUGGCCAUGCCAGCCAUCGAGAGGCCCGAAGCUAAAGCGGGAGCUAGUGGCCAAGCGCGUGCGCAAGCCCGAGCCAGGCCAGGGGUGAGGGUUAUCCAUACGUUCGCCGGGGCCGGCCAGAUCAUUGAGGACGUGUGGAGUGCCAGCCCCAGCGCUAGUACCAGCCCAGGUAGUAGCAGCCCAACCGCGACGGAGCUGGACGAGGAGAUGGAUGAUGGGGAUGGGGUCAAGGCUGCAGAUGCAGAGGUGGAGGCGUGGCAGAUGACCCCCGUGGAGCAAGCGUGCUUGGAGUUUUGCAUUGAGCUGAUGAACCAGCGCCACCGCACGCACGAGUACGAGAGCGCGCUGGUAUGUGCCAUGGCCGUGCAAGGGUGGGGCGAGGCGCGCUGGCGCGAUCCCAGUAGUUACCCGCCCAUAUUAUCCCGCGUGCUCAAGGUGGCGCGCUUCAUGGUGGUGCAGAAGGCGUUGUGGUUAGAUCCCCAUGCGAAGGAGAUCAUCCGCAUGUGGACGGGCCAUCGGCAGCCAGGCAGCAGCGGCAGCAGCAGCCACCCCGUCGCAUGGCCGUUGACCAGCGCGGACGACCAGCUGGUGGAUAUCCAUAUCCAUCCAGGGGAUCCAGCCCAAGGAUCGCCACCGCCAUCAGGAUCGCCACCAGGAUCACCACCAGGAUCAGGAUCAGGAUCAGGAUCAGGGUUAGGGUUAGGUGGGAAGCUGUUCCAUGACCACGUCCAGCAGAUGGUGCGCAGCUUCAUGAUCCGCGGCACGCACGGCCCCAUGCAGACGUUGCUGGAUUGGCGCACGUACGGGUUGAAGGUGCAUUACAACACCACCACGCCCGGGCAUGUGGGAUGGAUGGGCAGCGACGAGUUAUUAUACAAGGACGUGCAUUUCACCAUGGGCGCGUUCCGCGGCUUCAUUCAUGGCUUGGUGGGAUCGGCGCGCGAGCUGCUGCGGGAGGUAUUAUAUAUAUCCCCAACCACAACCACCACCACCACCACCACCACCACCACCAGCAACACCAAUUUCCCCCCCAUCCCAUGGUCCGGAUUGUACGACGACCCCACGCAGGGCCAGAAGGGGUGGUGUUUUUUGCAGGAUACCCGCACGCGGUGGCCGGUAGAUGGGAAACAGUAGUUGGUGCAGCGGCUGCGCAGCGAGCCCGCCAUGCAGCGCCAGUUCAUGCGCCGCGGCCAGAUGCAGGCCCAGCUAGUGGCGCAGUAUUUAGCCCGCGUGGCCCGGUUCAAGGAGAAGCUGGCAGUGGCCAUCCACAUCACGGGUGGCCAGCCCGCGCGGGCGCCCGAGCUGUUAAGCAUCCAGCAUGUUAACACGCAGGCCAGCCGGCACCGCAAUAUAUUCAUAGAGGAUGGGCUGGUGACGGCGGUGACAGCGUACCACAAGGGGUUCCACGCGAGCAAUGACAUCAAGUUGAUCCACCGGUACAUGCCGCGGGCGGUGGGGGAGUUGAUCGUGUGGUACAUGUGGUUGGUGUUGCCAUUCACAGAGCAGUUGACCGCGUGGCAGGCAGCGCAGCAGCAGCAGCCGCAGCAGCAGCCGCCAGCGGCGCAGCCAGUAGCCCAGCCACCGGCAGGCAGGGCAUUAGGGUUAGGGUUUGAUAGGGGUAGGGAGGAUGCCCAAGCUCGCGCGCCCAGGG